AUGGCUGAUGGGGACAGCGCGCUCUCGACGACAGCCAAUAUCAUCGGCAUUCUGACCUUCGCCCUGGCCACCUUGUCCUUCUGUUUAGCCUUCUAUGCCGUGACGGCAGAUGCGCCGAGAGAGAUGAAGAGGUUUGCAGACUACGUGACCCAAAGAAAAGCGCAUAUCAACGAGAUUUCGGAAUUCUUCGAGGAUAGGGAUGUUGAGGCCGACAAUGAGCUGGAGAAGUCACUCGGGACCGCCGAGCGGCGUAGGAAAGAACUGCAAGAGAAUGUCUACAAGAUAUGCGGUAGCUCGGCAACGAGCCUGACCAAGAGGAUAUGGUGGUGGAUGGAGCGGCGGGAUAUGAGUCUAGCGAUGGCAGAGGUCGACAUGCAGAUACAUCAUCUCACGGCAUUACAAAUUUCCUUUUUGCUCAGGUAA